AUGAUUGGUCUAAGCACGGAGCAGGUUAUUAUAGCGGCGUUGGGUACCUUUGGAUUGAUUUGGCUCUCGCUCUCGCUCUCGCAUUUUGGUUUUGGUUUUGGAUUGACUAGCAACGAAACCAAAGCUACCGAACAAGAUGAUUCAAUUCAUUCUAAUUCCACUCGCUCUGUUUCUCCUCCUCCCUCUCUUGCCGAUGAGAAGAAAGUCAUGACGUGCCCUCCGUCUCCACCCCAAUUCUCCAAUCUGUUUGUCCAAGCCGUUGACGAGAAGAAAAAAGAGAGUGUCAAUCAAACUGUUUCUAUUGCGAGCUACACUUUGGCUCAUGGGAUUGUGCUCACUGCCGCUCAAGGAUCCGUGGUUCAUUUCAAGAGUGAUUUGGGUGCCAUUGUAACAGCAUGCAACGAGAAACUAGCUGCCAUCUCUGGGACCGACAAAGCUGUUUACUUUGCUGGUGGUUUGAAUCUCUCCACUGACCGGAUGUCGCUUUCCAACCUCUCCAACAAGUCCAAUCAGCUUGUCAAAUGCCCUACAGGACGUGCCAGGAUUGUUGGCCCCAAGAAGUACGGGGAGCUUGGUGUGGAGUAUGUUAUCCAUGCGGUCGGCCCUGAUUUUAACGACUGCUCCACAGACGAGGACAAAACCAAAUCCAUUCAGCGCCUGCGCAACUGUGUCCGCAACUCCUUGGCUCUUACUGACAACAGAGCUAUUGCGCAUGUGUGCAUGCCCUUGAUUUCGACUGGUGCCUUCCGUGGGCUGCAGAAGUUGGAUGAUCUCAUCUCUGUGAUUGUGCGUGCCGUCCGUGAUUGGUCUUCUGAACCCGAGCGAAAUCAGCGUUACUCCAACACCAAGAAUAUUGUCCUCUGUGCAUACACUCGUAGCGAUGCUGAUGCCCUUGUUGCUGUUUGCGACAAGCUCUUGGUUGGAAAGUACAAGAUUGAGAUGAAGUAG